CAUUUCUGUACAACUCUCUCUUUUGACCAUUUUUGAUCUUGCUCGCAGCUUUUAUUCACUUGCUUCUCUCAUUUUAAUCUGCAAUCGUCUAUACCCAACUCGCUCUUUCAGCUAAUCAUUCGCUCCAUCAUUUUGUAAUAUCACACAACAUUCUUUCAUCUCGGCGAUACUCAACAUCAUUAUACAUACUUAAUAUCACCCACACCCAACAAUUCUCAACCAUGACAUCUCAAUCUAACGACAUCAUUGCCUGGCUCGUUCCAACGGCCCAUCAUUCCUUGGCCGACAAAUCUAUACACAUACCCGAAAACGCCUUUCGUAUCACCUCCACAACUUCAAACUCAUAUCUCUCAUCUCGCCUCUCCAACCUCACAAACCACAGCUCGGACAGGGCCAUCCAACUCACCUUCUCACAGCCGCCUAAACGUCCAGGCAGCUUCAUCCUCGGCACAGACCCGAGGACCUGCGACAUCAUCCUCCCACGAGUGGAGGGAAUAUCGAAACAGCACUGCGCAAUAAGCUUCGAUGCGCAAUCAAGACUCGUGUUGAGCGACUUCUCGGCACAAGGAACACAAGUAUGGUACGACUGGGAAAGCAACGGCGAUAGAACGGACUAUUCAUGGCUUCUGAGCAGCGGGUGCUCUGGAGAGUUCCCUAGCAUGGUGCAGCGCACUCUUGUGGAUAUCCAAGGAAUUCGAUUCCAAGUCGUCGUAAAUGAUCGCUCUGAAGACUGGGACAGCUUUCGAGAACAAGUCGACCAGUUCUGCGAGCAGCCUAGCUGGGAAGAUGCCACAUACUGGGCUGACUCCUCAUCGUUACUAGCUUCAGAAAUGUCUGCAUUCCAGCAUAUUUUUGUGAAGAACACCACAAAUGAACCCGCCGAAGAGCUAUAUCUUUGGAACUUGGAACGACCAUGGGAACCCAUGGUUAAGGCAUCGGCAUAAAGCAAACUUUUAGGAACAGACAUGGAUUGUUCAUCUCUCAAACAUGAUUAGCAUGUUCGACUCUUAAUGGAAUAAUUCUUUCUUCCUAUUAAUUCUUAAAUCAUGAUCGCUCAAUAAUAUUGUGACAAGCCCCCUCAGAGGAGGGUAUCAUACAAACUCCAAAAACAUGCCCCCGUGACCUAGUUUGCCUCCUCUACAACCAAACAAUGUCUCAGUCUGUAAAUCUCACAAGUUGCUCGGGAGCCGCCACUGGUUCCUCAGCCGGUUGCUCCGCCUCGUCCAUAAACCGUGUCAUGGCAAACUCCGGUGCUCUUCUUCGGUGGGCGUUGCGGCCCUUGUUUCCUUUUCUCAUGGCAGCCGUGGCUGCUUCCUCUCUAACAAGUGCC